UCGUCUGGGCACUGUCAUCACCUGCUUCGAGGAGGUCCUGGUCGACUGUGACAACGGCUACGACUUUUUCAGAUACCGCCACCUGUUACACUCACUAGACCGGGUUCAUAAAUACCUCUGCCGCACCGCUGAUGACCGCACCACUAAGUUCUUACCCUUCCUGAAGGUGAUAGACUGCGCUGAGACAGCCAGGGUGGGGCAAGUGUCGUGUCACCGACCCAACGUCACUGUCAACGUCUGGAACCAGAUCCUGAGGCUGGAGGUCGGCCCGGAACUCUGCGAUUCGCUCAACACGCAGAGGUCAUGUCUGCUGGAGAACGAGUAUGUGAGGAGAGAGUGCGGCGGCCCAGUGAAGGAGGACCUCUACAAGAAUGUGUCUGGGGUGUUCCUGGCUACUUGGUGCCGCCUGCCCCUCCACUCACACUUCUUCCCUUACACGGGGACUUCUAGUCUACCUCCCUCUGCCCUCUCCCCUACUGUGGUGCUGAUGGUCUUUCUUGUAACAAGUUACCUUGUCUGAUGGUGGUCACAGAGUCCUCAUGGGAAAGGAAACUAAUAUAACAUUUUGGUUAGGAUAUAAUGCAUAUUUGAGUGAAAAUUUGGUGCUUCAGAUACAUUGUAAUCUACAAAUUAUCUUGGAUGAUGAACCUAGUGAUCCAAGUGAAGUAUUUAGUAAGAAAUAAUAUAUUUUGCUUACCUUGGAUAGGCAAAAUAUAAGGAAACAGUGGUGCAACCCACCUUUAAGGCAGGUGACCUGCCGGGGUGAGGAAAUGUGAAUGCAGAUUGCAUCAUACAAACAUGUGCACACUGACGUGUACACAAGACUAUGUAUGUGCUUGUUUCGUCUAAACAGCGUUUUAUGCUGAACAGAAAAUACUCACAAAAAUGCCUUAUAUUAUGGCCUUUUUUUACUUAAAUAUGACAGUGAUGCAAGAAUGAGCUCUGCACAAGCGACCAUUUUAGAUCAUUUAUGAAUUUUCCCUAACUUUCAUGUAUAACUGAAAUAUUUUUUCUUGACAUUCCAGGAUUACCACCUGAACUGUUAUUAUCUAUUGUAAUGGGAGGUGUAUACUGCAUAGACGAGAGCUUUAGUCCCUCUGUGACAUCCGCUUCUAUGUGGAUGCGUUUACAUAUUCUGCUCAUAAAUUUUUGUUAAUAAAAUUGCUUUUAGUAUGCCAACACUGAGUGAGACGGAUUAUAACUCGAUUGACACUAACAGUGUUGCUUUGGCUUGCUUAAAAUUUGUGCCUGUAAGUGUUGCUACUAACAUUAAUGAUGUUGCUGAGUACAUCUGUUGUCUUCACUACACAUUACCGCUUCUGAUUACAACAAUCAGUAACAAAAUUGAUGAAUUAGACAUAUGUACAACAUCUGGGUGUGUUUACUUGUAGACAUUUCUCUGUCUAGUAGCUUUAUCAAUACAUUACAUGGUCAUAAUAUAAAGACUAAAAAUGCACACAGCAGACUGUGGAAGACGAGGUAAUCAUGCCUUCAGAACCACACAAAGAAGUCAGUGAAAAAUGAGAUAAUCAGUCCCUCAGCCUACGAGGGACUGAUUACCUCAUCUUCCAGUGUCUGCUGUAUAUAUUUCUACAGUCUUUAUAUUAUGUCCAUGUAAUGUAUAAAUAAAGCCACUAGAUGGCAAAACGUCUACAACUAAAGAUACCCAAAUGUUGCUGGUGUCUAAUUCAUCUUGUCAGUAUUGAAUACCACUGAUAUACAGUAAUAAAAUUGUCUAACAAAGCAGCCAUAGAAUUAGUUUCUCCAACUUGGGAAUCAGUCAGUGCUAAAUUUUGUUUUGAAAGUUCUAGAUUAAAAGAAAUAAAAUUGUAAAUGUGAUGAUUAAGUACAUCUGUUGUCUUCACUACACAGUGCUUUUUGUGAGUAAGACAGUCAAAUCAGUAAUAAAUAACCCAUAAAAUGGCCUUAGGAUUGGUUUAUCUAACUUGGGAAUAAAACAGUGCUAUAUUUUGUUUGUUAACAUUGCUGCUGUAAUCUUAAAUGCCAUGAUUUAUUUUAUAAAUUUUUCCAUAGCAUAAAUUUGAAUAGUAUAUAUGACAGAGUUCUUUUUAAAUAUUUUUUCUUUCAGUGUAAUUCAUGACUGUUCCAUGGUACCCAUAAUAUUGCAAGAGUUUUCCUAGAAGAUAGCAUAUUAAAAACAACAUAUUUUUGAGAAACAGGUCAGUUCUUGUCAUGAAAUCCACACAGAUCUGGUCGUCACUCCCACACUAUUGAGCAAACUAUAGGCACAAGUUACACAGCUUUCAAAUAAAAAAACUUUGUAAGAUAGGCUCUAUACACACAUCUGUAAUUUGACAGAGCGUUCCAUGCAUCAGUGCUGAAUAUUUCUGCUCUUCUUGGAGUGGCAUGUGCACUAAAUUUUUUUAUUUUUUAACGCACCAGCCAUCUCCCAUGGAGGCAGACUGACCUAAUUAGUAAUUUAUACAGUAGAAAGGGUUACUAGCCCCCUUGCUCCCAGCAUUUUAUUUGCCUUUUAUGACACACAUGGCUUUCAGAGGGAGGAUUCAUGUGAGGUAUAUAUAAUCACUAAUUUAUACAUGUAUCUUGUCACAAGUUGUACAAUAACUGUUUCAUAACUGGGCUGCCCCAACUUGUAAUAUUGAGGGGCGAGUUGCUUACUUCGAGGAUGCACUCUGAAUAAUUCUUUUUGUAAGCUUUAUGACAGGUUGUCCCCUGUAAUGCUAUUCUGUGAUUGCUUAAUUUUUGUGAUUGAAUCCCUUGUGAUGAUGCUUUGUGAUAUAUAUGUGAGCAGUUUUGUUUUAUCACUCUCCGUUAGUUUUAUCUUUUGUAAAUAAUCACCUUCAUGAUAAUUAUACGAGUUUUGCAUUUCAGUGUUACUUCAUGUUGAUUACUUUUUUCCUAAUGCUUGCUUUGAUCUGUUCUCUUCUGAAACAUUAUGUAACUGGGUGUUAACUGUAGUGCUGCUUUUGUUUUAUUCAACAUUGUAAUGUUGCUUUUUUGCUGGCUAUUUCUUGAUCUGGUCUGUAUACAGAAGUUACGUUUAGUAAGCAGACAUUGGCAAAUCUGCUACUUAGGACUUAAUUUUUGAUGUUCUUAUUAUAUGAUUGAAUUGUAACUCCUGAGAAGCAGAGUAUCUUUACCGAGGUCUGUAUAUGGAUAUGUAUGUUCAUCAAGGUUUCUUUAUAUACUGAUAAAUGAAUAGCUCUCAUUCUAUUUUUUUUUUAACAAGUCAGCCGUGUGUGUAAGUGUAUACUUAAAGAUGGGGUAUCUCUUACUGUAUAUAUAUACAGUGAUUAUAUAUAUAUAUAUAUUUUUUUUUUUCAACAAGUCGGCCGUCUCCCACCGAGGCAGGGUGACCCAAAAAAAGAAAGAAAAUCCCCAAAAAGAAAAUACUUUCAUCAUCAUUCAACACUUUCACCACACUCACACAUUAUCACUGUUUUUGCAGAGGUGCUCAGAAUACAACAGUUUAGAAGCAUAUACGUAUGAUACA